AAGAGGCGGCGUGCUGACCUCGGUGCCUUUCAGCGGUGUCUGUUUUGGGCGGCGAGAGCGGCUGGAAGGGAGGCAGGGCAGCGGCAGGAGGCAGGAGCGCGGCGAGCGCAGCGGGCAGAGAAUGGCGGUGAGGCGGCGGCAGAGGCGCGGGCCGGGCGGCGGGCGAGCGCUGCUGGCCGCGCUGCUGCUGUGCGUGUGGUGCCGGGCGGCGGCCGAGCGGCUCCGCUACGCCAUCCCCGAGGAGCUGGCCAGAGGCUCGCUCGUGGGGCCGCUGGCGCGGGACCUGGGGCUCAGCGCGGACCAGCUGCCGGCGCGCAAGCUGCAGGUGGCGUCUGCCGGCAAGAAGCAGCUGAAAUACUUCACGGUGAAUGAGGAGAAUGGGAACCUGUACGUGAACGAGAGGCUGGACCGGGAGGAGAUGUGCGGCGAUUCGGCGACCUGCUCCGUCAGCUUCGAGGCGCUGGUGCACAACCCGCUGAACAUUUUCCACAUCGAGGUGGAUAUCCAGGACGUGAACGACAACGCGCCGCGCUUUCUUAAGGAAAAUAUCCACUACGAAAUCAUUGAGUCUACACCGCCUGGUGCCCGAUUUGCUGUGGGUGUUGCCGAGGAUGCGGACGUGGGCAGUAACGCGCUGCAGGGCUACGAGCUGGAGGCCAACGGGUACUUCACGGUGGAGGUGAAGGAGAGCCAGGACGGUAGCAAGUUUGCAGAGCUGGUGCUGCGCCGUGCACUGGAUCGAGAGAGCGAGCCGAGCCUGCGUCUGCUGCUGACUGCGCUGGAUGGCGGAGACCCGCCCCGGACUGGCACCGCCCAGCUGUGGAUCAACGUCACCGACGCCAAUGACAACCCACCCGUGUUCGCGCAGGACCGGUAUCGCGUCAGCCUGCGCGAGGACACGCCUCCGGGAUCGACGGUGCUGAACGUUAUCAGCAUCGACGCCGAUGCCGGCACCAACGCCCACAUCACCUACAGCUUCGGGAAAAUGCCGGCCAAGGUGCUUCAGAAGUUUGUGGUGGAUGCACAGAGCGGGACGAUCACUCUGCAGGAGGGGCUGGAUUUUGAGGACACGCGAGGCUACAUGUUGCUGGUGGAGGCGAGGGACGGUGGCGGUAUGGUAGCCCACAGCAAGGUAGAGGUGGAGGUGCAGGACGUGAAUGAUAACGCGCCCGAGAUCACGGUUCUGUCACUGUCAAGCCCGGUGCCCGAGGACGCACCGGCUGGCACCGUGGUGGCCCUGCUGAAUGUGAAAGAUCCUGACUCCGGCGAGAACGGUCAGGUGUCUUGCGAGCUGUCGGGAGAGGCGCCGCUGUCGAUCGUGGCGUCGCCGGGCGGCUCGUACAAGGUGGUGACAUCGGGCGCGCUGGACCGCGAGCAGGCGUCCGAGCAGCGCGUGACGGUGGUGGCCCGGGACCGGGGCCGGCCGGCGCUGUGGAGCAGCAGGGAGCUGGUGCUGGAGGUGUCGGACGUGAACGACAACGCGCCGGUGUUCGAGGAGGCGGCGUACAGCGCGUACGUGGCGGAGAACAACGCGGCGGGCGCGCUGGUGCUGCGCGUGCAGGCGCGGGACGCGGACGCGGGCACCAACGGGCGCGUGAGCUACUGGCUGGCGGGCGGCAGCGCGGGCGCGGCGGGCGCGGCGCCGCUGGUGUCGGUGGAGGCGCGGAGCGGCGCGCUGUACGCGCAGCGCUCCUUGGACUACGAGCAGUGCCGCGAGUUCACGGUGGCCGUGCGGGCGCAGGACGGCGGCUCGCCGGCGCGCAGCUCCACGGCCACGGUGCGCGUCUUCGUGCUGGACCGCAACAACAACGCGCCCAGGGUGCUCUGGCCCGCCGCGGCGGCGGGAGAGGCUGCGGGAGGGGCGGCGCCGCCUUUCGAGGUGGUGCCGCGCUCGGCCGAGGCCGGCUACCUGGUGGCCAAGGUGGUGGCGGUGGACGCGGACGCGGGGCGCAACGCGUGGCUGUCCUACGAGCUGGUGCAGGCGUCGGAGCCGGCGCUGUUCCGCGUGGGGCUGCACAGCGGCGAGGUGCGCACGGCGCGCGCCGUGGCCGAGCGGGACGCGGCCAAGCAGCGCCUGGUGGCCCUGGUGAAGGACCACGGGCAGCCGGCGCUCUCGGCCACGGCCACGCUGCACGUGCUGCUGGCCGACAGCUUGCGGGAGGCGCUGCCGGAGCUGAGCGACAGAGACGCUGUAUCUCUCCUGACGUCUGAUCUGAACCUCAUUCUUGUUGUGUCGCUCUCCGUCGUUGUCUUUAUUAUUCGUUUCCACAGUCAUUUUUGUUUUUUUCUUUAAAUGUCGACAGUCGAGGAGCCCUCCCAUUUUUAUAACUUCUGAUAAGGAACUGUAUUCCACCUUGGGCUCAAAAGCACCGUACAACUACUGCAGCAGCACGCUGCCCUUGCCCUAUUCCUACGAGGUUUGUUU